AUGGAGGAAUGGUUAGACGUUGGCGUCAACGGAAAGGGCGACGCGGCGGCGCGCAGCCAGCCACAUGGCAUCGUCGGCCAGUCCUUUGCCUCUAGCGCGGUGAGGAACGGCAAGGUGGAUGUCUACCCCGACUCGGGCGAGUUCACGACCAGUGCGAUGGCGGAGGGCGCCAUUGACGGCUCGGCCAGCGACUACGAGGUCGCCUCAAUGUUUGCCACCGACUUUGCCUUUUCGCGCUUCAAUGCGGCCGAGAGGAGCCGGACAGUGGCGUCGUCGAGCACUGCAUCCAAAAUCAACAAGAUCAUUGACUCGAUGCGUAAACGCGGCUCGAUCGCUAGAAAGGCGACGGCGUCAGAUGGCCGAUAG